UGAAAUUGUUGACAUUUCUUUAAUUUUUCAGGAUAUUAUGUCUAAGCAUUCGGUUUGGUUUAUCACAUCUAUGUAGUAUGAAGCAGUAUCCACAUCAACGCGAUACCAAUUCAAAUUUAAAUAAAUUUAUUGUAUUAACCUGGAAAAAUUGGUUGUUACAAUGGCGACAUCCAAUACAAACAGCAAUAGAAAUUUUAGCCCCAGUUAUUUUUUCGGCCCUUUUAGUUUUAAUAAGAAGCUUAGUCGAACCAGAAAAAUGUGACACCACGAUAUAUGAUGCGUUUCCUGUACAAACUGGAGCAGGAGUGUUUAAUUCAACCUACACUUUUACAAGACUAGUGUGGUCACCGUGUGAAAAUACAGCUCUUCAAGAAAUUAUGAAUAAUAUCGUUAAAAAAUACGAUUUAAAACAAGUUUGUAAAAAUAAUUCUUUGGAACUUGAACAAGAACUGGAAAGAAAUAUGAUGUAUACGUUAGCUGGAAUUGAUUUUGGUGAUGAUGAAGCAUUAAGUAAUUCAAUCAAAAAAGAAUCUCGUGUUGCACUGAGAUUUCCAGCAGAAUUACGAGUAUUUCGCGAGGGACUUAUUUUUACAUUAACAUGGAGUACGCAUUUAUUAUUUCCAACUUAUCAUAUACCAGGACCUAGGGUAUAUGAAGAAAAUACUGGUGCCAAUCCAAGUUAUUAUGAUGAAGGAUUUUUAACAUUACAAUAUGAUAUUUCAAGAGAAAUUAUUAAAUACCAUAUGAAAAUAAAUGAAAUAUCCGAUAAUACUCUUCCGACAGUUAUGAUGGAAAGAUUCCCAUAUCCAAGUUGGAUCAGUGAUCCAUUGUUGCAAGCAUUACAAAAUUUCGUUGGAAUUAUCGUGAUGCUAAGUUUUGUGUAUAGUUGCAUAAAUACGGUAAAGGUAAUAACCGAUGAAAAAGAAAAACAAUUAAAAGAAGCUAUGAAAAUUAUUGGUAUACCAAGUUGGAUGCAUUGGACGGCAUGGUUUUUAAAAAUCCUAACUUUCCUGUCAAUUUCAAUAACGCUGAUGGUAAUACUUGCUAAAGUAUCAUGGAGGACCGAUGCACAGUAUAAUGUUUUUUCACUUACAAAACCUAUGGUGUUAUUUCUCUUUUUGUUACUCUAUGUUUUUGCGAUAAUUACAUUUUGUUUUUUGGUUAGUGUUUUCUUCACAAAAGCAAAUACUGCAGCGGCAGUAGCUGGUUUAGUUUGGUUUUUAUCUUAUUGUCCUUAUUUAUUUCUUCAUGAUCAUUACAACGAAUUAAGUUUACUGGUUAAACUCGGUGCAAUGCUUGGAUUUAACACAGCUAUGGCAUAUGGAUUUCAGUUAAUUAUAAUGUUUGAAGGUAGUGGUGAAGGUUUACAUUGGACGAAUCUGUUCAGUACUGUUAAUCCGGAGGAUAAUUUAUCAAUGGCUCAUGUUAUGGCGAUGUUAUUGUUUGACGCUACUCUUUAUAUGAUUAUUACAUUGUAUGUAGAGGCUUUAUACCCUGGGGAGUAUGGUGUCCCAAAAGCUUGGUAUUUUCCACUUACCGUGGUUAAUUGGCCAUGGCAAAAAGCUGAAAUUCUUGAUAGGAUUACCGAGGAACGUGAUGAGUCAGAAAUUUAUGAAAGGGAACCUACUAAUUUAAAACCUGGCAUAAUAAUUCGAAAACUCACCAAAGUUUAUGCGAACAAAAAGGUGGCGGUCAAAGAUCUAACUUUAACCAUGUUUGAGGGACAAAUUACAGUUCUUCUUGGUCACAAUGGUGCAGGAAAGACGACCACGAUGUCCAUGUUAACCGGAAUGACCCCACCUACUAGCGGCACAGCGAUUAUUAAUGGUUACGAUUUGAGAACUGGAAUAGAUAACAUUAGGAGUAGUUUAGGUUUAUGUGCUCAACAUAAUAUUUUAUUCGACGAUCUCACAGUGGAAGAACAUCUUUACUUUUUCAGUCGAUUAAAAGGAAUGAGGAAUAAAGCAGAACUUAAGAGUGAAGUUGAUAAGUUUAUUGAACUUUUGGAUUUGGUACCAAAGAGAACUUCAAUAUCAAAAAGUCUCUCCGGCGGAAUGAAAAGAAAAUUAUGUUUCGCAAUUGCUUUUUGUGGAAAGUCAAAAGUGUGCCUCUUUGAUGAACCAACAGCUGGAAUGGAUCCAGCGGCAAGAAGAGCUCUUUGGGAUUUCAUUCAAACCCAAAAAAAGGACCGAACAAUACUAUUAAGUACACAUUUUAUGGACGAAGCGGAUCUUCUGGGUGAUCGAAUAGCUAUAAUGGCCGGUGGCCAACUUCAGUGUUGCGGUAGCAGUUUUUUCUUAAAAAAGAAGUACGGCGCAGGUUAUCAUUUGGUUAUGGAAAAGAGCGCCGAUUGUGAUGUAGACGAUGUAACAGAUUUGCUUUCGAAAUACAUUCCCUCUAUAACAGUAAAUAGUAACGUUGGAUCUGAAUUAACUUAUGUACUGGCAAAGGAGGAAUCUGAAAACUUCGAAAAGAUGCUUCAGGAUAUUGAAAACAAUUCCGAAACAUUAGGUAUUUCUAAUUUUGGAAUAUCGUUAACGACAAUGGAGGAAGUGUUUAUGAAGGUUGGUACUUAUCAAGGAUUAGAUGAUGAAAAGAAAUUACUUAGUGUCGAAAAUGAAUUAAGAUCAGACGUGAAAGUUACAAUUGGUGAUAAUAAACGUUUACGUGGAUGGGAACUUAGAAAAAAUCAUUUUAUUGCCAUGAUGAUGAAAAAAAUUAUAUAUUCAAUACGUACCUGGAUUUUGUUCCUAAUACAAAAUAUUCUUCCCGUCAUUUUUCUUAUAACGGCGGUUGUUGUAUCAAAAACUAUAAGAUUAGGAGACAAACCUGAAAAGAUGGAUUUUUCUUUACAUCCUUACGACAAUCCGAUAACUGUUGUAUCCACAUCGAACGAAACAGACGAUUACUUUUUAAGUUAUCUUAAUGCUUUGAAAUCGGAUUAUUUAAAUGUUAUGACAUUCAUAAAUGGCAACAUGAUUACAAAUAUGUUGGAACAGACCAGAAAAUACGAAAGCGAUGUAAGAAUGAAAUAUAUAAUAGGUUCAUCGUUUCUACCUACAAAAAAUACAAUUAUUGCUUGGUUCAAUAAUGAACCGUAUCAUUCUCCACCUCUUUCCCUACAAUAUGUAAUGAAUGCAAUAUUUCAACAGAAAAUGAAUUCUAGCGACUACAAUAUCUUGUUUUCAAAUUAUCCAUUACCUUACUCUCCAGACACUAAGAUGUUAAAUAUAAAGAAAGGAAAUACACUUGGUUUCCAAAUAGCGUUUAACGUCGGAUUUAGCAUGGCUUUUGUAGCUUCCUUUUACAUAUUAUUCUGUGUAAAAGAUAGAGUCAUUAACUCUAAACAUCUUCAGUUUGUGUCUGGAUUAAGUGCAUCGAUGUACUGGUUAACGGCGUAUUUAUGGGAUUUUGUAACAUUUGUGUUUACAACUAUUUGUUUGGUGGGUACAUUGGUUUGCUUUCAAGAAGAAGGAUUUAAAACUGUAGGAGAACUAAGUAGAUUAUCUAUUCUAUUAUUAUUGUUCGGACUUGCAAUGUUACCAGAAAUGUAUCUAGCAUCAUUUUUGUUUAGAGUUGCAUCUACAGGAUACACAAGAAUGACUUUAGUCAAUAUCUUUUUAGGAACUACUGCUUUUAUGACUGUACAAGUUCUAUCAAUUGAAGCAUUAGAAUUGCAAUAUGUAGCUGAUAUAUUACAAUGGUUUUUUCUGUGCGUCCCACAUUAUGCUUUAUCCAGUGGAAUACAAGCAAUUAGUCUAAAAAUAUCUUUAAAUAAAUUAUGCACCAAUCUCAACCAAAUGCUUUUAGAGCAAUUUAAAAAUACAACGGGGUCAGAACUGGAAAUAAAUUUUGCUUGCGAACUGCAACAAGCUUGUUGCGGUGUUGAUGAAAAUUUUUUGAGUUGGCAGAAUAAUGGUAUUGGAAGACACAUCAGUUUCUUAAGCACCGCUGCAGUUGUAUUCACUAUUAUUUUAUUAAUUUCUGAAGAACGUAUUCAUCAUCACAUUAGAUUUGGAAAUCGUUGUAUUCCAGAAAUAACCGACGAACAAGACGAACCUGACGUGUUGGAAGAAAAACGAAAAGUUCGUAUGGGCGAAAUCACCCCGAGAGAUUACUCGAUAGUUUUAAAAGACGUUACUAAAUGUUAUAAUAAACAUAUAAUAGCUGUUAAUCAAUUGUGUUUGGGUGUAAAAGGAGCCGAAUGUUUUGGUCUUCUCGGUUUAAAUGGAGCUGGAAAAACCACAACAUUCAAAAUGAUGACCGGCGAUAUUACAAUUUCUAAAGGAGAUAUUUGGAUAUAUGGAUGGAACGCACAAAGUGCAAUGAAACAUAUCCAUAAAAACAUCGGAUAUUGUCCACAAUUUGAUGCUUUGAUUUAUGAUUUUACUGGAAUCGAAACUUUGACUAUGUAUUGUUUAUUAAGGGGAAUCACUUUAAACGAAAGUAAAGUUAUUGCAAAAAUGUUAUCGAGGGAAUUUGAUUUUUUACGACAUUCAAAUAAACGCGUGAGAUAUUAUAGUGGUGGAACAAAACGAAAAUUAAGUGCUGCUAUCGCUGUAAUUAACGAUCCUCCUAUUAUAUUUUUAGAUGAACCUACAACAGGUAUGGAUCCUGUUAGUAGACGAAAAAUUUGGAACACGUUUUGUCGAUUACGAGACUCCGGAAAAUGUCUUAUUUUAACAUCUCAUAGCAUGGAAGAAUGCGAAGCUUUAUGCACAAGACUAGCGAUUAUGGUCAACGGAAUUUUCAAAUGUUUAGGAACAACUCAACAUUUAAAAAACAAAUACUCUCAAGGGUACACUUUAACAAUUAAAAUUAAAAGACCUGAAAGCGGUAGAGAAAUCAAUAAAACCGAUAUCGAACCAAUUGAACAAUUCGUACGAAAUAAUUUUCCCAAUGCUGUACUACAAGAACGAUAUCAAGAAUUACUCACUUUUUAUAUAAACGACAAACGAUUAAAGUGGUCCGUUAUGUUCGGUCUUAUGGAAACGGCAAAAAAAUAUUUAAACAUCGAAGAUUAUUCUUUGGGACAAUGUAGUUUGGAGCAGGUGUUUUUAUCUUUUACAAAAUUUCAAAGAAAAUCUUAAAUUCUAAAUUGUGGAU